AACCCUGCUACUAGAGCCUGGAUGUGGCUCUGAGUUUCAGGGUCACUGACAUUGAUAAGACACCUGCGUCCCAGGACUCGGAGGAGAAACGGCUGAUGGACUUGGCGGGGAAUUUGCGCGGGGUUUUACUGAGCGGGAAGAGACUGUUCAAAUGAGGGGGAGGGUAUAUAAAGGAGGGUUGGCCGGAGCCUCCCAUUCUUGGCUUUUCUGAUGUUCAUGUUUCCUACAGUAAAAGUUCCUGGUGAUACCACAGAGAGUCUCGUGUGUUCAUUCAGGAGCGGCUGUGGUGAGCUGACACUAAGCCAAGAAUACGGACACCAUCCCGCUGUAGCGGUGAGGUGUAACAUGCAAGUGGAGGAUGAAGAGCUCUUGGGCGCCGGAGGAGGAAGGUCGGAAAGGGCCACUCCCGAGACGGACGCUGAGUUCCACCAGCUGGCGGCCCUGGCGUCAUCCACCGCUUAUGCCCAGCCAGAUGGGGUAACCCAGAGGCGCGGAGUGGUGCGGGGAGAUAGCACCGGAGGAGAGGAAGGUUCACCUUCCCCAGGCCCGCAAAAGAUGGUGUUUCUGGAGGAGAGGAUGUCGGCGAUGGAGACCACCCUGGCAGUGAUGUCGAGGGCGAUGGAGCGCCUGGCGGUUUUGGCGGAGCCGGAGCGAGGAAGGGAACUCCGGGCUAGCUCAAUGUGGGACGUGAGCAUGGGAAGCAGCCAGGGCUUUGCAGACCUCCCAGCACCGAAGGGAAGGGAAAUGCGAAAGGAGCCCGGUGCCCGGCCCAAGAUCCAAACGAGCCUGACGCGGGUGGAGGAGAGUGACGACGAAGGGGAAAAGCCUCCGAGAAUCCCGGCUACGCUCCCAACUGAGACCCUGGUGCCCCUGGCGAAUGCCGGGCGUGGCACAGGACAAAGGGAAGCAGCAGCGGGGCCCACUGGCCCGCAAGGGGGCUUGCGACGGGCGGAGAAUUGGGGAUUGCCACCACAGGGACCCCUACCGAGACGAGAGGAACUAAGGAUCGAGUUUGGGGGAGAGUCCUCUGAACUGGAUUUUUUCCUGACCACGGUGAGGGGCUAUAUGGAGGACAAUGCCCACACUUUUAGAACGGAGUCCAGCCGGGUACGGGCCAUUGGUGCAGUGUUGAAGAGGGGAGCGGCCAGCUGGUACGUUCAACUACACGCGCGGCGCGACCCAUGUCUGGGGUCACUCCGACGCUUUAUGGGGGCCCUGGAGACCCGUUUCCGAGAUCCACUGGAGCAGAUCCGGGCGAGGGAGGAGUUGAAGACCGUCUCCCAGGGGCAGAGGUCGGUAUCUGAGUAUGCGGAGGAGUUCCAAUGCCUCGCUGAAAAGGUGCCGGAAUGGUCUGCAGUGACAAAGAUAGAACUCUUCAAAGAGGGGCUCAGGCGGGAGAUCCUCUCCUGGGCGGUGCAUCGUGAUGAGCCUGACACACUGCGCGGAUGGAUUCAGCUGGCGGGGCGCAUCGAGACAUCGCUGGCCCAGGCGAGGAGGCACCGAGGAGGGCUACAGCAGCGGCCGCAGAUGAAAGAGGGGAGCCGGAAGGAGGGAUCAACCCCAGCCGGGAGGAGAACGGAGCCGACAGGGAACGUGAGCACCAGCAGGAGGGGCUGCUUCGUGUGCGGCCGUUUGGGCCACAGGGCUGCCGAGUGCUGGCAGAGAAAAGGGGAAGGCGGAGGCCCGCCCAAACCAAGAGCCGUGGCAGGGAAACGCGCCGAGGAAGAACCACCGAUGAGGCACCACUCGGGGGGGUUGGACGAAGGGGAGGAGGACGCCAUGUCAGAACCCUGCUACUAGAGCCUGGAUGUGGCUCUGAGUUUCAGGGUCACUGACAUUGAUAAGACACCUGCGUCCCAGGACUCGGAGGAGAAACGGCUGAUGGACUUGGCGGGGAAUUUGCGCGGGGUUUUACUGAGCGGGAAGAGACUGUUCAAAUGAGGGGGAGGGUAUAUAAAGGAGGGUUGGCCGGAGCCUCCCAUUCUUGGCUUUUCUGAUGUUCAUGUUUCCUACAGUAAAAGUUCCUGGUGAUACCACA